AUGAUCGAUCCUCCUUGGCAGUUAACGUCUGACAAUCCCUCUCGAGGCGUAGCUAUAAAGUACCAGACGCUAAGUGAUGAGGCAAUUUCCGCGAUUCCUUUGCACAAAAUUCAAUCGGAUGGCCUGCUUUUUAUGUGGGUUAUCAACUGCAAGUUUACCACAGCGAUCAAAAUGAUUGAGCUCUGGGGAUAUAAGUUAGUUGGUGAUAUUUCUUGGGUAAAGCUUACCUCGAAGGGUAUUAUUGCCCAGGGAAAUGGUUUUUAUCUGCAGCAUGCAAAAGAAACUUGUUUUGUGGCACAGAAGGGGAGCUCUGCGUUUAUUGACGCAGACUACAUGGGGAAAAUCGACGAUGUGAUCAUGUCCAAACGAAAAGGGCAGAGCCAGAAGCCACAAGAGAUUUACGAUGUGAUUGAGAGCUUGGUUCCCAAUGGAUUUUAUUGCGAAAUCUUUGGCCGUUUGAAUAAUUUACGGAAUAACUGGGUAACGAUUGGAAAUGAAAUCUGGCUUGUUUGUUGCGAAAUGAGUAUUGUACAAAUCGAAACGCGGAGUCAAUUUCUUUUUAAGCUUCACGCUUGUCAACUUUAUUUAUUUUUUUAG